AUGUCCGACGCAGUUGAGCCGGCCGUCUCGCCAGCUUCACUGAAAGGCCCUAAAUACCAGGCCUCGGCCGACGCGGGCCCCUCCGACAACGAUGCCGGCUCGGAGACCGCAGGGGACACCAUGCUCCGGGCGCUACCGGGGGCCAAACCUGACGAUGCCCUGGAGCGCCGCAUCCGCCGCAAGGUCGACGUCCGGCUCUGCACGAUCGCCGGCAUCCUGUGCAGCCUCAACCUGCUCGACAGCGGCGUGCUGUCGAGCGCCGCCGUGACGUCCAUGCUGGCCGACCUCGGCCUCGACCAGGGCAACCGCUUCUCGGUGGCCAUCUUCAUCUUCACCGUGUCCAGCAUCGCCUUCCAGCUGCCGUCGACCAUCGCGGUGCGCCUGCUCGGCCCGCGCGUGUGGUUCGCCGGCGCGACCUUCGCCUUCGGCGUCAUCACGCUCUGCACGGGCUUCGUGCGCUCGUGGAAGGAGAUGAUCGUGCUGCGCAUCCUGCUAGGCGCCGCCAUGUCGGGCAUCUUCCCCGGGCUGGCCUACCUGAUCAGCACAUGGUACCCGCGCCGCGAGCAGCAGCUGCGGUUUGCGUUCAUGCAGAGCGGCGAGGUCGUCGUGCUCGCCACGGGGAGCCUGGUCAACUACGGCCUGAACCGGCUCGACGGCCGCGGCGGGCUGGAAGGCUGGCGCUGGAUGUUUGUCGUGCAGGGGCUCUGCACCUGCGUCAUUGGCGUGGUGACCUACUGGUGGAUGGUCGACUUCCCCGAGCACGCGCACAAGAGCUUCCGCUUCCUGUCGCCCGAGGAGGCCGGCGUCGUCUCGAAGCGCAUCCAGACCGACCGCGGCGAUCUCGUGGCGCAGGACUUCAGCCUGGGGAAAGUCCUCGUGCACGCCAAGGACCCCAAGGUGUGGGCGUUUGCGGCGCUGUUCUUCAUGCAGAACAUCGUGUCGACCGCGCUGGCCUACUUUGUGCCCAUCAUCCUGCAGAGCGGGCUGGGCUACUCGUCCGACGCCGCCAUCAUCCUGUCGGCGCCGCCGUACUACUACGCCGUGGUGCCCGUGCUGCUGUCGUCGUGGUACGCCGACCGGUUCCGGCUUCGCGCUCCCAUAAUCGCCUUCAACGCGCUCUGUCUCAUCACGGGCUUUGCUGUCCUGGGCUUCGCCAGCAACUCGGGGGCUCGGUACUUUGGCGUGUUCCUCGCCACGGGGGCGUAUGUCGGGAACUGGGCCGCGUUGACGGCUUACCAGGCGAACAAUGUUGUCGGGCAAUGGAAGCGUGUGUUUACUGCUGCCGCUUGCACAAUGUUCAACGGAGCCGGCGGGAUUGCUGGGAGCUUUAUCGUUCGCAGCUUCGAGGCGCCAACUUACACCACGGCUGUGUGGGUGUCGAUCGGGUCGCACAUUCUUAUGAUAUUUGUUGUUGCUGCCUUGUCAGUUCACUUCUACUUUGCCAACCGAUCGCAAAGCCGAAGGUCUGGCGUCCUGGAAAAUACGGAGGGGUUUAGGUUUACAUAUUAA